AUUUUGGUAGUUUUCCGAUAAAAAUUUUGUAGGAUUAAAAUUUAGUCUGUGGCAACGCUGCAUUGCAUAUACCGCAGCUAUAAUAACAACAACUAAAAUAAUAAAGUGUUUAUGCAUUAUUCAUUUGCAAAACAAAAAUAAAUUGUCAAUAAUUGUUUGAUCUCAUUUGAAUGUAAUACUACCAGGAUAUAUAAAAGACUCCUUUUAAAAUAAGGUAAGAAUGGCUUCAACGCAUGAGGAGCAACAACAACGUGUUUUAGUUAAAUGUGGCGGCUUUUCUACACAAUUGGCCAAUCAUGUUGGUGAACGUAUCGAUGGUGACCCAUUAUGGGGUUCACGUUUCGAUUUGGUUAAUCCUACUGCCGUAGUGCAAACACAUUUAGAUUUCUUGGAAAAUGGAGCACAAAUUAUUUUGUCCAACACUUAUCAGUCCAGCGUUGAAGGCUUUAUGAAACAUUUAAAACUUUCCAAAGAAGAUUCCAUACAAUUAAUGCGCAAAAGUGUACAACUUGCCAAAGAAGCUCGAGAUAAAUAUGUUGAGAAAAUCGAAAAAGCAAAUGGCUCACUGGAAGCUGGUCUACCAUUAAUAUUAGGUUCCGUGGGACCCUAUGGAGCUAUGCUGCACGAUGGUUCAGAAUACAAUGGUUCGUACACUGAUAAAGUUUCCAAAGAGGAGAUACAGAACUGGCAUCGUAUACGCAUCAAUGCUUUAUUGGCCGAAAAUGUAAAUGGUUUAGCUGUAGAAACUAUACCGUGCCCCAAGGAAGCUGAGGCUGUAACACAAAUGAUUUUAAAUGAUUAUCCAAAUGUGAAGUUUUGGGUAUCAUUUCAAUGUAAAGAUGAAUUGCAUUUAGCUCAUGGUGAAAAUUUCGCCAAUGCUGCCAAAUCUAUAUGGGAUAUGGUCAAACAGGCAAAUGCCAGAGAGAGAAUCUUUGGUAUAGGGGUUAAUUGUGUUAACCCAAAGUUUGUGGCUCCUUUAUUCAAAUCAUUGCACGUAUUAUUAGAUGAUAAGGAUUUACCGCCCUUGGUGGUGUAUAGUAAUCGUGGCGAAACUUAUGACUUGGAAAAGGAUGAAUGGGUUGACCAGGACAAAUGUGUGCCACUGGAGACAUAUGUACCCGAAUGGAUACGUUUAGGUGCCACUGUUAUUGGUGGCUGUUGUCGUGUCUAUCCAGCCGAUAUACUUAAUAUACGCAAGUGCAUUGAUAGCUUGGGUAAUAAUAAUAUUUAAAUGUUACUGCUUAUUGAUUUGAAAUUAAAUAAAAGAUAUAAUAAUAAUACUUUCAAAAAUCCAAAUACAAAUUUCAUAUUCAAUAAGGUAAUUGAACUGACCUACUUCUUAAUGCAGUUUGUGCAAUACAAUUGCAUCAGCUGCUAAGUUAUGUGGAGAUUAUAUGUACUUAAUACUUAAUAAAUUUUAAAUGUCGAUUAGCUACUAAGCAAUGUCAACAAACCUUUAUUAUUAAUUAUAAUACUUUAUUUUUAUAUUUUGCUACAGUAUAUUGGAAAACAAAAUCUGUCUGAUAUUGUCUAGGGUUAUCAAUAAU